GCGGGCAAUGCGUUCCCGGGUUUAACGUCAUCCACCAUCGACGCCACUGGACCCUUGUGCAAUGCGUCGCCGCUAGUCGACCAGACCGCGUCGGAUGGCCACGCGACAGGCGCCAACGGCGGCUGCAGCGCAGCUGCCUGGAAUGGCCCCGACAACAUGCGCCAGCAUGUGCGGUUGGCUUGGAUGCGGUGCCGCUCCUGUUUCACGGUAGAAGUUCCAGACUCCCGCCUGGCCGAGCAGUCCAAACGGCCUCUGAGCGCUACCUAG